AGACGGUCUGUUUUAGCUUCUGGGCUUCCCUCAUCAUGAAUGUCUCUCUGUCCUUUCUCUCUUUUUUUUUUUGCAGCGUCGACCUUGCAGAUAUAAGGCGGUCGAUUCAUUGCUUGCCUCAGAGGACUCGUUCGUUUAAGAUCCUCUGUCCAACGUCCGGAAUCGUCUUGGCGAUAUCUCGACCUUUACAAGAUGGUCGCCUUCAAAUUGCCGUGGGCUCACAGACCAGCAAACGGCUCUGCAGCAGAAAACGCCCCGCUACUUGGAGCUCCAGGAAAACCUCAUGCCACUAACCGAAAUAGCAACCUGCAUCAUGAAAAUGGAAAUGGGAAUUAUGUGAAUGGCCUCCCCAGGUCAAGGGUGCGAUGGGAGAGCCCUACGAGACACCUGAGUUAUGGAGUACAGAUGCCACAGGCUCCUGGUGUUAGUCGUUAUUUUAUCCAAGAGCCAAACAGACGUUCGAGACUACCGGUCUUUCUACAGCUGCGAGGGAGCGUCAUGCCGAAAAUGAUAUUCAAAACUGCUUUCGUAGCAGUCUGGUCCGCCUUGGUUACCACCAUCUCUAUUUAUGCUUAUGACCUUAGCAUCAACAACAUUCUGUUGACAGUUCUGGGUGUUGUUGUUGGUCUGGCUUUGUCUUUUCGGAGCUCAACUGCAUAUGACAGAUUUAGUGAUGGACGCAAGUACUGGGCAUUGCUGACCCAGACUUGUCGGGACCUUGCCCGUGUCAUUUGGGUUAGCGUUGAAGAACGAUCUGGGGAGCAGGGAAAGGAUGACGUACUAGGAAAACUAACCGCAUUGAACCUGAUCCUUGCAUUCACUAUUGCACUAAAACAUAAAUUGCGCUUUGAGCCUCUCAUCUGCUAUGAAGAUUUGACCGGGCUCAUUGGCUAUCUCGACACAUUCCUAAAGGAGCAGAAUCUCCUCCGUGCAAAUCAGAACGGAAACGUGCCGCAUGACCCGCGCAAGAAGGCGAACGGUGCCCAUGGGCUUCAGUUUCCUGCGUUUGGCUCCCAGAAGUUGAUCAGAGAGUCCGAAAAGCCGCUGGAGCAGCUUCCUCUGGAGAUCCUCAAUCAUAUCUCAGCAUAUAUCGACUACGUUUCUAAGAAUGGCACUUUGGUAUCAACUCACCAGGGAGAAUGCGUGUCGGCCGUUGCUACGCUGAAUGAAGUAUUGACUGGCACCGAGCGAGUUUUGGAAACGCCUCUUCCAGCAGCAUAUACAAUCGCCAUAUCGCAGAUUACAUGGGUUUACGUCCUCCUUCUUCCUUUCCAACUAUUCAGUUACCUAGGCUGGAUAACUAUUCCUGGUUCCAUUGUCGGAGCAUACAUUAUUCUUGGUCUUUCCGCCAUCGGCGAAGAAGUGGAGAAUCCAUUUGGCCACGAUGCGAACGAUCUUCCCUUGGACUACUACUGUGAACGCCUGGCUAGAGAGUUCAGCGUUAUGACGGCAACACCGCCUCCGAGAUACAACGAGUUUGCUGAACGCGAGGACAACUAUGUCCUGUACCCAUUGAGUCUCAGCGGAUUCACGGAGUGGAAGACCCGCUCUAUGACGGAUAUCCGUGCAGCAUUGAGAACGAACGCAGCUCUUGACACCCCCAUCUUUACUAUCAGCAGUCCUGUACUUGAGGAGGAAGAAUUUGAUCAGCACCCAGCACCUACUCAAACUGUUUAAAAGCGGGAUUUCAGGGGACUAUACUAAGAGUGCUUCU